GUUGGUAUUUUUCCGUGGCCCCGCGAACGGUAACACAGCGGCGAGCGAAUAAAAAAAAAUGUAAAUUGUGCAGCAAGUGAAAUUGAAAAUUGAAAAGCAAUAUAUUUAAGUACGAUCCGUGUGUGCGGACAAUCGGGGACAUCAAAGCUAAAUCGGCGAGCGGGCGACGCCGCCACGCCCCCAUCCGCGCGCGUGAAAAAGAGGCGAAGCAACGCGAUGGCCUCCCUACAUUCCAGUUGGCGUUUUGGCAAGCGGAGCAAAUUACAAUUACGCAUUAAAGUUUCGCAGGACCCAGAGGACUUUUUUCGCCUGGAUCCCAAGCAAUCGGCCGCCGAAAAUGCCUUUGAAAUAUACUCGAUGCUGUGCUUGGAGGAGACGCGGGACACCAAGCGCCUGUUCCUGCUCAAUGCGCUGGCUUCGCUCUGCUUGCUGGCCCGCAAGGGCUCCCACCACACCAACAUACGCUUCAGCACCGAGGAGCUGCUCUACUGCCUGAGUGCCUCACUGGUGCACACCUUCACCCAGGUGCGAGCGGCGGCGCUGAGGACGAUCCGCUAUGCCAUCAACACGCCCAAGGACAUCAAGGCGUUCAAUGCCCUGCAGCUGCAGCACUUGCUGUGUCGCUCCAUCGACCUGAUGCUAAAGAAUGACGACGAGCGCGUCCAGGCCCUCAAGCUGGUGCGCAAGAUGCUGGCCAUCGCGCCGGAGGACAUCAGUCCGGCGGUGGUGCGCUGCCUCGUCUCGCUGGCCGACAGUGGGAUCGAGGAGAACGACAACCUGCUGCGUGCCUGCCUGGCCACCCUUGCUGAGUUCGCCGUCCUCAAUCCGGCCCUGCUCAUCGUCUGCGGCGGCGUCACCUCCAUCACCCGCAACGUGCUGGAGUGCCAUAAUCCCCGCAUAGCCGAAAGCCUGUGCGGCGUCCUCCUGUACCUCCUCGAGUGGCCGCAGACGAGGAACAUCUGCGGGGUGCGGCUGGAUUGCCUGGCGGCUCCGUACUGUGACUUUACCUACAGGCUCGGCAUCAUGGAUAAAAACAAAGAUGCACGUGAACUUCGCUAUACGAGUUGUCGUCUGGCACUUUUGUCCGUGCUGCGCAGCUGGACGGGCACCCUCGAAUUCUGUGAUCCUAGUAAACCUUCAGGCCUGAAAGCAAUAGUCGACGCUCUUUAUUUAAACCAGAUCGAAGUUAGAAAAGCAAUACUGGAUUUGCUGUACGAGCUGCUCUCGUUGCCGCAGCCCACCUGGACGGACGACUAUGCGGUGGCGCUGCAGGCUGUGGAUCCGUCGGACUUUCAGGCCUCCUGGCUGCUUAGCAAUGGCUUCGUGUCCGCCGAGGGACGCUCCAUUCUGCCCACGCUGGCGGCCCGUGCUCCGAGCGUGGUGGAGCAGCACCUGUCGCUGAUGCUCUACUGUUUCCUCGAGACGGGACUGCUCAAUGCGCUCGUCGAGGUUGCGGUGGGCAGCGACCAGUUUGUCUCGGUACAGGCCACGGUGCUGAUUGGCAAGAUCUUGCAGCUGAUGCACACACACCUGCCACCGGACAUAUGUUGCACAAGUCCUGCGCUGCCUACCCUGGUGGGCCAUGCUACACUUGGCAACCAGCAGGCCAAUGCGGCGGUGGCCGCCCUACAAAACUACCAAAAGAUGCUACGCCAGCGGCCGGCGUCGUGCAGCCUUUUCCUCGACAGCAUUAUCCAGGGCGGUGCCCUCAUCCAGACGCGACUGUUUCGCCGGCACCUCAACGUCCAGGAGCAGGCGGGUGGUCCUGUGCUCCAGCUGCAGGAUACGGCUGAAGCGGCUGCCUCGGCAGUGCCGCCCGCCGGCCCCUUUCGGGCUACCCUCGAUCGCCACCGGCUGGACUCGGUCUCGUCCAGCGACGAAUCCAACUCACAGGCCCCGACCUCGUCGAGGUCCAGUUUUCGACUGAAGCGAAAGUUCCUCCCGCAAGCCUUCUUUGACAACUUCCGGGCCUUUAAUCGGCUGCUUACCGACUCCCGGGUGCUUAGCCAAGCGGAUGCGCAUCUCUGGGACUGGGAUGUGAUCACCACAAUACUUAAGUCGAAUUUAAUCCGCAAGCUGGACUACACUCUGGGCAAGUUCCUAAAGCGCCUCGUGGACUUUUACAAGCCGCGAAACAAUCGUUUCUCGCAUCAGGAUUUGGUACCCGGCCAAAGCCUGCCCACCUAUGUCAGUGCUGGACUGGAUUUGAUCGAUGUUCUCCUGGGCAGCAGCGAGCUGGAAUGCAUGCGCUACAUAACCGACUACUUUUCGGACAUCAGCCAGCAACUGGCGGCCGUCACCACAUCGAAUCGUGCGCACGACUGUCUAUUUAGUCCGCAGCACAUGAACAACACGAUGUGCCAGCAGUAUUUCCUCUACAUCGGACGCAUGUGCCGAACUGUUAAGGGCAUCGAGGUGCUCAAUAACACCACCGUAUUUGAAUACUUGAUCAACUUGGUGCGAGUGACGGACCACGUCUGCUAUGUAAAGCUGAUUGUGUCCGGCUUAAACUACAGCUACGAGAAGAAACCACUUCAGGUGCUGGAGAAGGCGCUCACGUUGGCAAAAACGAGGAGCGGACGCCUGUACGCCACGCAGUUCAUGGCGGUGCUGCUGCGUGCCCGUUUGCCCCACUUUGAGGUCUGGGGCAUUCCGCUGAUCAUCAACCAGACGCGCGACGCGGACCGCAGCGUGGUGCUGGCCGCCAUGGAUGUGCUGGAGGAGGCCUGCCAUGACAAGUACUACCUGGAGGAGAUUGUCAGCCGUUGGCCCAAUCUUACGCAGCGCGGUGAUGCAGGACGUCUGCUAAUGGCCCGCUAUUAUUCCCUGCCCCGCGGACUGAACAGCACGAUGGCCAGGAUAGAGGAGGAGAUCCGUUACUGGCGGAGUGGUUACAACAAGCGGUACGUGCUACUGGUCGAGGCUGAUACCCACUCCAGCCUGACCCUGCACAUCCGCAACGAGGACGGGUACUACUCGCGGCGCAACUGCAACCAGCGCCCACAGACCGUUCCCCCGAACAUUGCACCCCAUCUGUACGGGCAGAUGGCGCAGACUGGCCAGGGAAUGACGGCGCUGAGGAAGCACGGCGAUCUGCCGCAGCUGCUGGAGCUGCUCACACGCGCAAAAUGCACGGACGAUGCCGAGUGUCUGGAUUUGAAGGCGGCCAUUUGGGCACUGGCCCACGCCUCGACCCAUGCCAAUGGAGUUGAAUACUUUGUGGAACUGAAUGCCAGACUUUACGAGAAGUUAAUUAUACUGGUGACCAAGUGCGAAGUAUACUCGGUGAGAGCCACCUGUUUUAGUGCCUUAGGACUCAUCGCCGGCACCCAAGCAGGGGCCAAUAUUCUUUUUAAAUUGAAUUGGCUGAGCGUGCGACAUGACAAGAACACCAUGUGGCCAGUGCAUCAGCCGGAGGAUUGGAUGUCCAACCAGUACACGCCAGUGCGACAUUACUAUGAGGACGCGCCAGCGGACAAUGUGACCAUGAUGGAGGACUAUAUGGAAAGAUUCUACGACACAGGCUCCUGCUAUUGGAACCUGAUCGCCGACCAGACUGAUGCGAGCGGUGCCGGAGGAGUGAGUGUAUCCGGGACCACCGGGGGUCUUCAUCCCACAGUGCAGGACCCGAAUACAACGACCACGACCACGGACAGCGUGCGCACCACAACGGACGAUGUGCAUCCCAGACUGUUGCCCAGCGUUGUCGGGGGAGUAGCCGCCAAAUCGAAGACCCUGCCGGAGGGCAGCAAUCUGCGUCAGGGCAAACACCAGCGCUCGCUCUCCGAAUCGAAGACCACGGAUGUGAUCAGCUUGCUUGGCGGUGGAGCCACCACCACGGUGCCGGGAACGGGUCUCUAUCCCACGCCCUAUCAGCACCGAAUACGGUACAACUCAUGCACGGAUUCCAACACUUCCGGCGUGAGCAGCUGCGAAUCGGUGACCGGACGCACUGCAGCCGCGGCCGCCGCAGCUGCGGCCAACGAAUUUCAGCAAUUCCCGUUGAGUCCCAUCCCAAGCAUGUCCAAUCUGCUGGAGAGCGACGAACUGAUACGACGCCACCAGCUUGCCACCAGUCUGCUGCCCUCCCUCAGCCCAAUGGCAAUGAAGGGCUAUGCCCAGCUGCGCUCCCUGCGCGCCCACAGUCGACCCGUCUUCUCCGUGUCGUCGGCGGAGUUCUACGACUUUGCGGAGCUUAUAGACACUCCCGAGGUGACGAUGCGCAAGCCGGACUGGACCCAUCCCCACCGGAGGCUCAAGGUGCGUAGCCUGGACCGCCAGCCCAAACUGAAUGAAAUGUAUAGAGGCUUUACCCCGAUCGAAUUAAACGUGCUGCUGCCCACGCCAAAUGCUCCCAAGUUCCUGCCCCAAAACGAUCUGCAGGGGCCGUGCUACGCGGGCAUCUGCCUGCCCAAGAACGUUCUGGACCUGUUCCCCACGCGGAACCUCAGCCGAACGUAUGUCUCGCGGGACAUCCAGGACCAGGAUUUAGUCGGCAUCAAUCUGCUGAGCAGCAUGGGCCGGCAGCAGUUCCUCAACGAUUCGCUGACCAACGAGGGCGGCGACGAGUCCUCGGUAAUAUCAUCGCUGUCGGACGUCUCGUCCACAAGUCGUCGACAGCCACGACAGUGGCAGCAGGGCGCCAAGCAUGCGAGGAGCCAGUGCCUCCACUGUGCCCGCUCGCCGAGACAGCAGCGCCACGACAAUAGUGGCAGUCAGAGCAACGGUGGCGGCACAUCGCUGGCCCCCUGCGAGCUGUACAGCAGUGCAGCGGCCGCUCUGGUGGCGGCCGGCAUCCAGGCCGGACCAGUGAUGGCCAAGAAAAGCGCCUCCUCCGCCCCAGGGGCUUCGGCGGCCCUUGGCGGCGACAUCAGCUUCCAUUCGCCGGAGAGCAUGCUGAGCGAGGAUAGCCUGCCGGACAGGCUAACGGCCUCCAUCCUGUACAACGUGCAGCGCCUGGCCAAUCCCGUCAGUGCCAAGCAGUCGAAAAUGGCUUUGCUGGAGCUUAAGCAAAAGCACCCGCAUGCCUUUCAGGAUAUUUGCCUUUACUCGGAGUCCUGCAAAACGCUGGGCAGGAGCAGCUAUCGGAUGAUUGCCCGCCGCUUCCUGCAGGAGCUCUUCCUGGACCUCAAUUUCGACUCUUUCUACGUGGAGCCGCAGCUAAUAAUUGGAGCACGAAAGUUUCCCGCUGAGGAGAAGGCGGAGGCCACGCCCCCUCAGCCAAUGCAGCCCAUGCCGUUCAAGCAGACUAUUCUCAAGCCCAAGCCGCCGGCCCAAUUGGCCAGCGUGUACGAGACGAGUUGGGAGAAUCUGCUAAUGGACUGCUCGCCUAGGAUUAACAAGGUAUCGCCUGCCGCUCCACCGACCAGUGGCAAUGCCAAUGCCAAUGCCCAACUGAAAACAAAGGCACGAAAUCAGCUGCACAUCGACGACACGGAGAGUUCGCUGUCCAGUACGGACGGCGAAGAUGAUCCCGGCGAGGAUGUGUGCGACGGCAGUGGAGCGGGCACUCAGGCCAGCUCGGUGACCACCGCACACACAGCCCUGCCCACCGGGAACAGCAAUCGCAGCAGCAUCUGCACAAUUAGCCAGCAACUACCGGGUGCCGCUGGAGCGGGUGUGGGCACAUCGACCUCCGCCGGAGGGGCAAGUGCGUCGGAUGAAGCUAGCACAAGCCUGCGGAACGAGAACCGAGAGUUCACCCGCGGUCGCUUUUACACGCUGGAGCUCGACUUGAGCUGCACUAAGAACAAGUUUCCUAUCAAGGAUCGCAGCCAGGCAACACCGCCACCACCGCCACCGGCAGCAGCCAAAAGCCCGUCCACACUGUCUUGGCCCGUCCCCUGGCGUCAGGCGGGCGGAGGAGCGCAGUUGGUGUCGCCCAGCGACGGCAGCAAAAUGUCCUCGGAUGCUCUACUCUACUCCACGGUGACCAAGAGCCUGGCGGCAUCCAUGGCCAAGCCGGUGGGUAGUCUCUUUUGCGAAAAGCGUUUGCAGAGCUCCAAAUCGGAAGCGGUUCUCGAUGAGGUGGCGAUCGCGAGGAGAGGAAGCUGGCGCCAAAUCCUAGGCGCACUCGGCGAGGAUCAACAGAAGUAGUGGUCGAUGGUCGAUGCAAUAUCGCACUGGCUACACUCGCAUCUCAUUUACCGCCCGCCCGCCUUCCUAAACCGAAUCCGAAACCAAUCGGAUGUUUGUAAUAUAUCAAAUCAAAGAUCAUGUAGCUACCUAGUUUUAGGCAAACCCUACUGUAGGACCUAAGUUAUUUUCGCCUAGUUCGUUACGACUAAUGUUAUAUUAUCAUAAUUACUUUUACGAUCAUCACCUAUGCAUAGUUAUUUUUAAAGAAAUUCAUAACCCUAGGCAGGAAACCAACAAACCACAAAAAUCCCAAAAAAUAUAGUAUAAUUUUCUAAUAUUAUAUCUACGAAAAGCAAAUUGAAUGGAUACCUUAGAGCAACAAGAAACAACCACAAACCACCGCAAUUUAUUUAAACAAUUGUACUUAAAAACUGAAAGAAACCUAGUGGCAGGCGAAAACAAUAGGACCACAAAAUCCUUAAACCAAGAAAUCAUUAAAGUUGAAAACAAAGCAAGAAAUGCGAAAACCGUGAUUUGUUCACAACCAAUAAAAACCAAAAUGAAAUCAAUAAACUGAAAAAAAUUGAACCUCAA